AGUUGUGAUGGGUUCACCUCAGUUGGAAUGUUUAACAUACAUGCAUGUGUCACCGUUUUGCCCAGAUUGGUGUUAGCAUGAUUCAUGAACACUGUAAAUGUUUUGGUUUUGGGUCCCAGUUGCAAAGAAUCACAUAUUGCAUGAUUUUUUGAAGGGUAACGUCUAAAAAAUUGUAAUGUGUUAUAAUAAUAUCCAAGACCUUAAUUUGUAAUCUAGAUUAUGUUAUUCCCAGAAACUUGUUGUAUUUGGAUUGUUAUCAUUGAAAAUGUAUACUGAUGUUUUGUUGACAACAGGCCAUCAAACUAGAGAUUGAUAGAAAGUCAAACAUGUCAGAUAAUAGAAGUCCAGGAGGCUGGAGAAUCCCUAAAUCUGGAAAGAAACAAAGAUGCAUCAGAAAGCAUUCAGCAAAACAAGACAAAACUAAAUCAGAAGAUAAGAGACUAGGGACACCAGAAAACUAUCAAUCAAGCAAGAUUAGAAGAAGCAUUUGGACACCUUCAUAUGCUAAGAAGAAUUUGAACAAAAAUGCUAGAAAAAUGGAUACUAAGGCACUGAAAGAUACAGAAAGUAUGGAUUACUUUACUACAAAAGAGAAUGACAGUAAUGAAUUUGAUAAUGAAGCGAAAUUCAAUGCUGUUGAGAAACUAGAAGAACAGAAAGAGGCAAAGUGUUUUGCUAUUUCUAGUGCUAAUGUUUCUGCACAGAACUCCGAUGAUUAUAUUAAGAAAGAAAAAGAACAAAGUAAACUGGUGGACAAAACUUUAGAGCAAAAAGAAGCACAGUAUGGUGCUAGUGCUACAGUCGAAUUAGAGAACUUUGAUGAUGAUAUUGAGCUAGAAGCAGAAGAAACAAGUAAACCAAUGGUCAGUAUUUAUAUCAUUCCUCUUAAAGGUGAUGAUGAUGAAGAAGAAAAUGAAGUUAGUCCUACAAGUUUCCAAGGAAGAGCAUCUCCAUGGCCAUUUCCUGAUAAUGAUAAUGAAAUAAAAGAAGUGUUCAACAAGAAAAGUGGUCCAAGUGAACACUUAGUUGCUAAAGUAGAAGGUGUGGUUUGUAAAAAUGAUGUACAUUCUGGUGAUUUGGGUGUAGGACAUAUCAGAAGAAUGUCUGAUUCUGAAAAGACCUUGCUGGAAAUAAAUGGUGAUGAUAAAGUAUUACAAGAAACAAACAAUGCUGUCGAUAGGAUUAAUGAUUGGAAUUUUCCAAGGUCUGUUAAAAUGAAUUCUUCCAAAAAUGUUCCUAAUGGAGUUUCAAAUGGGGAAUCAAAAGAAAAAGAUGAAAGAGAAAGGAAUAAUACGUUUGAAAACAAAUGUAUCAUUAGUAAAGCCUUUAAUGCGUCAUAUCGGAAGAAACACCCAAUGUCAACACCAAUUGCUAGAGUAGCAUCAUCUAAAUCAGAAAGUCCCAUUAAAAGAAGGGGUUCAGCUGCAAGUGAUCUUUCAACAAGAAGUGAUGGAACAAAAACAUUCAGACCAAAAUAUAAAGCUAAAUCUAGAAAUCAGAUUGAGAAAAAGAUUAAGCCGCUUCAAAGUCGACUAAGAUCUGCCAGCUGUCCAGCUUUAAAUUUUGAAAAAGAAGAUGAUGACGAAAAAUGGAUCCGGUUCCCCAAUGCAGAAUAUAUGAAGGGCUUUAAGAAGAAGAAAGGGGAUCCGGAGGAUUAUCCACCACCAGAGGAGUGUAUUCUGGAAAUGGUCAACUACCAGUUGAAGAAACUGUACAAAUCUGAAAGUCAUUCACAGACAACCCGAGAUGGCAAAGGCCUGUUCUGCUAUAGUAUAGAUGACUUCGUAGACAGCCGCGUGUUGUGUGCUCUAGUCAACUCGUUUGUGCCAAACACUUUCACAGCUGACCUUUUACUCAACGACAGGUGGACGAUACACUUGGCCUUGAAAACAGCGGAGAAAAUGUUCUAUGCAGAGACCCCUUUUGAUGCUGAAGACUUGGUGGAAGCUGAACCAAUAGCAGUAUGUGCAUAUUUUGCAUUUUUCCUGAUGGUGGCAUACAGAUAUCGACAGACAACAGCUGUAGUUGAACGUGUGGACUUUAUCAACAUGUUGAUACGAGAAGUGAACUUGGAGCUGGAAAAGUUCCCAGCGGUUAUCGCCCACAUGGGCGAACUACAACAACGAAAAGACCUCAAGUCACAGCUUGAUAAACAUAGACAGGCUGUUGAAAAGCUACAUAAAAAGUUUGAUAUUGAGUUUUGCAGAAAGUGGGUUCAACAUGUGGAGCAUGUGCAAAAUGAGUUACGGCGAGAUAUUCGUGAAAAGAUGCGUCAUCGGUUUGAAGUGGUGGAGGUCCCAAGAAAUAUAACGAUAAAUGACUUCUGUGUGGCAGCAGUCAUUAAUCUAAGUUUGACCAAUGGGAGUGGGUUUUACUACUCAUCUACCAAAGAAAAUGUGAGUGAAGGAAAAAGAAUCGUUUUGCGGAGGAAAGAAACAGGAGAAUACAUUGAAGACUUUACAAACAGAUCAAAAGUGAGUGUAAAGGAAGCCUUAAAUCUUCCCAGUGUCCCCAGCUACCAGAUGUUAGAAAUCAACCCAGAAGAUUACCCUGAGUUUGAGUUCUUCUUUGAGGCUCCAAGUCGUAACAAGCAGCUGCGGACUGGAAGUUUCUUUCUGUAUCAAGUGUUUCCAGGCAACACAUCAACAUGGCAACGCCUCUUUAUCAAGAGUGCACGAGAUAACGAGUAUGAAACUGUGGAGAAGAUGAUUGCGUUCUUUCGGGAUGACACAUCAUUUGUUAACUCACGGGAACCGAAGACAGGAAACACAGCUUUACACUGGGCUUGUAGAAUGGGUCAUUUUGAUGUUGUGAGACUGCUGCUAGAAAGUGGUGCUGAUAUCGACAUGAAAAACAACUCAAGAAGUGCCCCGAUCAACUUUGCCAUUGAGUGCCUUCAGAGAAAAAUAAGCCAUCUUCUAAUAGAGUGGGGUUGUGAUGUGCACAGUAGGAAUGUAAAAGGCCAGUCUGUUCUGGAGACAACAAAAAAUGACGACUUCAAGAGAUACCUAAUGAACCUGUAUGAGCACUACUCCAACAUCGUUCCUAAGAUCAUGAACGGGGACAUGGCACUUCUGGACAGGGUUAUAGCCAAACAUGCUUCCGGUCAACAAGAGUUCUGCUGCCUGAGAAGCAGGUGUAUCAAUGGGAGCACCUUGCUCCACACGGCCUGUUACUAUGGACACAUUCCGGCCAUGAAGGAACUACUUUCUCUACGUGUUGAUGUGAACAUUCGGGACUACAAGGGUGCCACCCCUCUUCACAGAGCUAAGGACCCUGAUAUCAUGGAGAUCUUGCUGGAAGCUGGUGCCAAUGUGAAUGCAGAGGAUGCUGAGAGCAACACACCGCUGCAUGUGAAAUGUUACGGCGAGACUAACGAACCCUCCGAGAUUGAAUGUAUUCAGAUGUUGCUCACCAGAACAGCCAGUCUUCUUAUUAGAAACAGUAGGGGCCUCAUGCCAAUCCACUGCUGUGUCAUGCAAGGUCGUAUAGAUGUGAUGCAGUUGUUACUCCACAACGACAAGUCAGACAGUAUGGCGUCAGCACUGAGUAAGGAGAGUGAUCGGAAACCUCCCAGUCUAGUUCAUCUGGCACUCGCAAAUGACUUUCCUGAGUGUGCACAAUGGCUGCUGUCAAACGGGUUCCAGUUUAAGGCAAAUGAACAAGACACCAUGAUGAGAAGAAUUCUCACAGAGCAGAUCAAACUGAUCAAGAGGGCUGACACAGUGAAGUUUUUGUUGGAUAAUGGAGCUGAUCCUGGUCCGAAAUACCCUGGUGGAAAUAAAGCUCUGCACUAUGCGGCUGGCCUGUCUGGUCCGAGCGAUGUUCUGGAGCUGCUUGUAGCCUACAAGGCUGAGAUAGAUGUCAUUAACGAAGAAGGUUGUACACCACUUUUUUUUGCAACCCAGUCGAACAACAAGUUUGCUGCCUGUGUGCUAAUCUCACAAGGGGCUAAUGUCCGACAGAAAAACUCACAAGGUUUGACUGCAUUUGACUACAUAGUGGACUUUGAAGAAUGGAUAGAAUGUGGAUACUUCAAUGAGGAAAUCAAAGCCAGACUGAAAGCCUACAAUUUGAAGCAUGCCCGCGAUCUGAUCCGAGCCAUCUCCAAGCGUGUCAAACCUCCAGUGCCCAUGGUGAGGCCGGAGAUGACUAGAUCAGCAUAUGCCCUACAGUCUUCAAGCACGGCUACACACUUUCGUCCCGGCACCUCCUUUUCCACAUCUGUUCGCACACUCCUUCCUUCUGUGUCUGGCACUGUAGGGCAGAGGUUUCUGACAUACUAGAGAAUUAAACUAUGCCCUACUGUCAAGAAUGCCACACACUACUAUACUGGAAUCUCCAUGUUUGCUCAAACAAUCCUCUCUCCUGUUUCCGGUAGUGCAGAGAGGAGAUAUUUGAUAAACUAGAGGAUAUGACUAUGUCCAAUUGGCCUGCAUUAUGGAUACACACAACCAUACUUGAUAUUUCAUGCCUGCUGACACAUUGCUCCCUCGUGUGUUAUGUAUAAAACAGAGAUAGGAUAUUGAAUUCUUAAUUAAGAAAAUGAAAUUAAUAUAAACUGAAUGGUUGAAAAUUUGAUUCUGCUUCUAACAGUGAAAUCAUGUUUGGUACUGUGGAGUUUCAAACUUUCUACACUGGACCCUAAGUUCAAACAUUUGGAGUUAUGUAAUGACUACAUUUUUGUUCUUAGAACUUUAAAUGGCCAAUAUGAGUUAUCUUAUGCAGGGUUCUGUGAAAUACUUUAUUUCUUAUUUGCUUAUCAAUUUGACGGGAAAUUUUAUUUUACAGUAUAUUAUUGUUUAGUAUAUAAUUAUUUAUAAUUAUUGAUAGUCUAAUAUAGUUAUGUCGAUGUGGUGCCUUGUUAUUUCUUAGCCUUAGUCAUCUUCCAUGAAGUUUUUACAUGUAAAUGAAUGAGCCUUUUUUCGGCAUUUUGAUAAUUUGCUGUGUUUAUGUGUUUCAAUUUAGUGUAGUUUUGUAUUUUUAUAAAUUCAACAAUUGUGUUUCUGAUGCCUUUUGUUACAUUUAUUAGCUUUUUAUAAGUUCUUAAAUUUGAUAAAAUUGUUAUAAUAAUUGACAUAAAUAUCAUAUGACUUAUACUUAUAAGAUAAGUUUGCACGGCUCAUUUUAUUUAGAGGGUAUUUUAUGCUGAAUAUGGAAAAAAAACUCUUUAAAAGUUGAACUUUGAAAAUAGUUAGUUUCAGGAAAUUUGCAAUUUAGGUAAAUCCUACAGCAGCAAGUACAACUGAAAACCAAACCUUCAUAUUUUAAGUUCCCUAUUGUUUGUGGUGAUUUGUAAAAACAUGUACAUAUUGUAGUAGCCAUCAGAAAUAGAGUAUUUUUCAAUUAGUAAUCCCACACCCCCUAUACCUGUAAUAAUAAUUCUUAACAAAUUUUCUUUAAAUCAAAAGAAAAGUGAAAAUUGUUAAUAAUGUCUAAAAUAGCUAAGUGAGGCUGAUACUUACGUUAAAAUAUAUUUGUUAUACAAUAUUAAAAUGUUAUUAAAAUUAAGAUAUAUUUUGUUGAUAAUCAUCAUAGUUUAUUUUAUGUACAGUAUUGUUACAAAUUGUGAUGUUAAUGUUGUUAAAAGUUGUGAUGCUUUAAAUGUUGUUCAAAUUCAUAUUUUGUUUAUACAUUUUGUUUUCUCAACAAAAAGAGAAUACAUAAAUAUGCAUACUGCUGAACAAUAUUUACAUUUUCAUUUAUGAAUUGAAUGCUGCAACUGGGGAUUGAAAAUUGGUCUAAAACUAUAUUGAUCAUCAUAAAUAAAAAUAAUAAAUGGCUUAGCCUGAUAAUUUCAAUUAUAAAUAAAGUAUUUAUUCGAAGAAAAAAAGAAACUCAUUAAAAUGUUUAAACAUAAGGAAUUUAAGAGAACACCAUACUGUAUUUAAAAUGGAACCCAUACAAAAAUGCUAUGAGAUUUUGCUUUAAAAUGUUGUUUAAUGGAAAGUUUUUUUUAUAUGUAAUUACCAAAACCAAAAUACAAUGCUUAAUUGUGAAUUUAACACUGCUGUUCUACCAUAUAUUUCUAUUUUUAUAGAUUAUUAUAUCAAUUAGGGCUGGCCUACGUCUUAAACAAUUGAUAUUGAACAGUACAUGAUCAUUGUUUUAUCCCUAGUUGUAACAUAUACGGUGUUACCUCUCUAGGAUUGACUAAUACAUGCACAGUGUGUCAUACUGUUAUAGACGGUAGAGUGUGAUUCCUUGUAUUAUUUUUCUUGCACAUUCUAGUCACUGAAAAUACUAACAUAUGUUCAUGGGCAUAUUUUGGCCCAAACUGUUUCCCUUUUAUGUAUUUGGAUAUGCUGUUUGUUGUGCUUAUAUUAUUAUAUACUCCCCUUAAAAACUAUACUGUCUAGCUAUUAACACACUUUCGUUGAAUUGUUUUAUUUAUAAUUAUUUUGAACUCCUCACAAAUUCACUGAUCAAUUUAACUGUAUUAAACAUUUUGUACAGUGUACAUGUAUGUAUGUAAGAAUGAACAAAAAAAUCAACUCCAAAAUGUGUUAACAAGUUUUGAAGCUAGCUCUAGCAUUGCCAGUAUAACAUGACUGUAUUUCAUCUCGACAUAUAAAUUUGCUUUGUUAUGCUUCAGAGUUUCAUUUUGUUUAGAAAUGCUACUGAUCUAUUGACCAACCUUACCAAAGCUAAUGUCUAAGUUGCCAAAAUUUGUUUAGUGCAUAAUUUUUUAAAUAAAAAAACAUUGAUAAAAUCA